GGUCCAAAUAGUUAAUAGACUCUAGAGGAGAAGAUAUCGACCCUACAUGGACAUGUCCAUUACUCCAUUUGUACACUUACAAAAGUAAAAAACUUGCAAUAAAUUAUAAAAACACUUUUCGCAAUCUUAGCGUACGAUAUAAAAUUAGCAUCAACCCUUAAUAAGUUAGGAGUACUCCAAACAACACAACAUAACCCAGCUUAUUUUUAGUUUAUCGUCUUCCCUGCCCCUUAAAACUUGCUUCUUCCCACACUUUUGCUUUAUGUCCUACUCUCUCUCUCUCUCUCUAUCUCUUCCUCCAUAACCAAAAAGCUUUAUUACAUCACCUUCUUCCCCCCACUAUUCCUUUUUAUCUCUAAAACACUGCCAAAUCUCGUUCACACUCGACUGAGUCGACUCAGCACCGCCCAACACCAUCACUCGGUCACCGACUUCAUAAAAAACAAAAAAAGAACAAUUUUGGUUUAAUUCAUACAAUUUUCAGUUUGUUAUGAGAAGAAGGUAAGCUGAAGCUGAAUGUCUAUGAAGACAUUAAAAUCAUGGAGAUGGUUGCCUAGAAAGAAGACCGCUCUAUCUGAUGGGGGACCACAUGGAGCACAUGGAUGCAGGAUGAGCCAACUAGCUUUCAUGGCAUUUGUAUGUAUAGCGAUGAUGUUUAUUGUGUACAGAACAACAAACUAUCAGUAUCAACAAACGGAGAUGGAUGCUAAAAGACACCCCUUUGAUAGCAUAGAGACAAAGACAUUGGAGUUGGAUAAUUUACCUCGAGGCAUAAUUCAAGCAAGAUCUGAUUUGGAAAUGAAACCUUUGUGGUCUCGUUCUAAGCCGAAGGUUGACGAUUCUAGUAGUCAUAACUUACUUGCAAUUGCUGCUGGUAUUAAGCAGAAGAAUAAUGUUAAUUCUAUAGUUCAGAAGUUUCUUGCAGAAAAUUUUACUAUUAUACUAUUUCAUUAUGAUGCCAAUAUGAACAGCUGGUGGGAUUUAGAUUGGAGUAAUAAGGCCAUUCAUAUAGCUGCACAUAAUCAAACUAAAUGGUGGUUUGCAAAACGUUUCCUACACCCGGAUGUUGUUUUUGUUUAUGACUACAUAUUUUUAUGGGAUGAAGACCUAGGAGUGAGACACUUUCAUCCGAGAAGGUACUUGCAAAUUGUGAAAUCCGAGGGAUUUGAGAUAUCUCAGCCUGCUCUGGACCCCAACUCAACUGAAAUACAUCAUCGUAUUACAAUUCGUAAAAAGACAAAGAUGUUCCACAGGAGAAUUUAUGAUUCCAGGGGUUUUACAAAAUGUACAAGUUCUAGCACGGGGCCGCCAUGCACUGGGUGGGUUGAAGGUAUGGCCCCUGUGUUUUCGAGGUCAGCUUGGCGUUGUACUUGGCAUCUUAUGCAGAAUGAUCUUGUUCAUGGCUGGGGAUUGGAUAUGAAGCUCGGUUAUUGUGCGCAGGGAGACAGGACAAAGAAGGUAGGCAUCAUUGAUAGUGAAUAUGUUGUUCAUCAAGGCAUACAAACUCUUGGCGGUUCAUCAGCUAAAAAGGUGCCAAAAACAGAACACACCACAAAGGCAAAGCAGAAACGUCAAGGCGUCGAUACUCGUGUGCAGAUUCGCAGGCAAUCAACGCUCGAGCUCAAAAUAUUCAAAAAGCGGUGGGAGAAAGCUGCCGAGGAGGAUAUUACUUGGGUGGAUCCAUAUCUGGAAAGUAGUAGCUGGUUGAACCUUUUCUCUAGAAGUAAAAAAUCAAGAGGGAAAAAAAUUUGGUAGCAUAAUGUUUAUAUCGGCUGUGAAUAACGAGUUCUUCAACAUAGGUUGCUAAUUGUUAUAGACAUUCCCAUAUCGCCUUGUAGCUUAGAAAUUCACAUGCUCAUAGUCGCCCCUUACAUCAUGUACCUUUGUAAUUCUGUUGCUGUGCAUUUACAGGAUAUAAUCAAUCAAUCUUUUAUUUUGGUUUCGUUUUUGUAAAGACCUUCAUAUUCCGUUCAAAUCUUAGUCAAUUUAAAUUUGGGAAAGUAGAUGGAGAAUCGAUGUUUCGUGAGGAGCAUGAAAGGAUUAGUUGGUCGUAUAUAAUCAGAUUCAUCUUCUUCGUCCUUGUGGAUAGAGAUCUGGUUUGUCGUUAUGUUAAACUAUUAUAAUUUACCAUCAUUUUUGCAAAGGAAAUUUUAAUGUUCAUACAAAAAAAUUAGUGAUAUUUUAUUUACUUCCAAAGAUCAAUACUAAAAGGUUGUAGUAUUGUGUUGUAUUCAAAUUCAACAAAUAGUGUAUUAUUAUGAUGAUUUAUUAUUUUAAUACCUAAUCAAUAUGUCCUUUUUCAAAAAACUACCUUAUUUAAAUGUUCUAGCAAAAAACUAUCUAAUGUAACACAAAAGUUUGCAAAUGACUAUCAGUUAACGGUUGUCGUAUAUUGACCGUUAACUUUACACUUUGACCAACACGUGGCGUAUCACGUGUAUCACGUGAGUAAUUAAAAUACUCUUCUUCCAUCAAUGCUUCUGACGAAAGAUACAACCUACAUAGAUAUAUUUAUUAUUCCUUCCUUUUCCAUAUAUACUUUCUCUCCCAUCCUCCUCUUUACUUUCUCUACAUUAAUUGCAUCUCAUUUAAAUCCUCCCCUAUAAUGGUAUGUAUAACUUCUCAAUUAUGGUUUUCUAGUUCAUCCUUAUAUUUUAGGGUUAAUCUUCAUUUUUUUCGUUUAAGCAUUUGAUUGUCCGAUUGCUACAUUUUUUUUCUUCUUAAUUUGAUGUUUUUUAUCUUGCACUUUGUGAAUUGAUUGUUUAAGAACCAAUGUACUUUGUUUAAGACUCCGUAAAAAUUGGAUCUCAAGUGUUAUGCCUAAUGUUAAGUGUAUGUGUAUGUGUUAAAUCUAAAAGUGUUGAUUAGUGUUGUUGAUUAGUGUUGUUUAUUAGUGUGGGAAUGAGUAUACUGUUGAUUAGUGUUGUGUAUGUGAUGCUAGUGCUGUGUAUGUACAUGUUCAUUGCUGUUGUAUCAGUGAGUCAUUGCUGUUUUGAGUAUGCUGCAGUUGAUUGGUGCAGCAAGUAAGCAGUACAAUCAGUGUGUCAAAUUUUGCAGCAAGCAAUCAGUAUACUGCUCUGGAUUAGUGCAGCAAGCAGCAAAAAGCAAGCAAUCAGUGUGUUAAAUCACAUUGUUGUGUAUCAGUCUUGAAAUCCAUUUCAUGUUCAUGUUAAAUUAGUGGAGCAAGCAGCAAAAAGCAAGCAAUCAGGGUAUAACAGUCUUGAAAUCAGUAUAUAGCAAAUAGCAAACAACAAGCAAUCAGUGUAUCAGUUUUGAAAUCCAUUUCAUGUUCAUGUUAAAUUGUGUAUCAGUCUUGAAUUAGUGUUUUGUUAGUAUGUGAUUGAAGAUGCAACAGUGUAUGUGAUUGAAGAUGCAACAGUGUUAGUGGAGAUGAAUCAUCGUUUAUUAAUAGUUCAACAAAAUGAUUUCUAGUCA